GUGGCCGGGCCCCGACGUCAUCCUGUGCAGCGCGCGGGGCAUUGAAAGGUGAAUGGCAGAGAGGGCGAGAAGAGCGCGAGCGAGUGUCAGCCGAGCCAGCAGCAGCAGCCGGAGGAGGAAGAAGGCGGCGGCGGCGGCGGCGGCGAAGAGCCUUGGAGUCUUGCGGAGGAGGUGCGCCGAGGUUUGCUUUUGCUCUUCCCAGGAGGGGCGCCCGCAGACAAUGGAGCGGAGGCGGUAGGUGGUAGGAAGGUGUCGCGGUGGAGGCGGCGGCGGCGGCGGCGGCAGCAGCAGCAGCAGCAGCAGCAGCAGCGGAACAAAAAGCGGAGUCACUGCGCCGUGUCUUCCCUUCUCCCCCCUGCCAUGUGAGGAAAGAAGUGCCGUGACCGCCGCUGCGCGAGCCGCUCGACCGCCGGCCUCUUCCACAGGAAGGGGGCAGUGCCGCCGCCCCCUCCCCGCUCCUCCUCACGGUUCAGACGAGGCAGGCGUCUCCCUUCACCACCGCCCGCCCUGCCGCCCGGAAAGCUAUGAGCCAUGAAGCCGCCUGGCAGAAGUUCUCUGCGGCAGCCCUUUUCUGGCAGCUGCCGGCACCGCCGAUCCUCUAACGGCCCCUCCUCAGCCUGCCUGGCACGGCUGCCUCUGCUCAGCUUCUCCCGCCUCCAUCGCUUCCUUUUGGCGUUCCUGCUGUUCUGCCCGGGACGCCCAGAGAGCUGGGGGGUCAUUGCGGACACCGCUAUGCAUUGGAAUGAAACUUUGGAAAAAACAGAAACCAUACUGGCAAAUGAGGACACUGCAUUUCAACAGACUAACAGUAGUAGUAGCAAAAAUAACAAUUACAGCAGUGCAUUCCAAAAAGAAAUCACAUUGCCUUCAAGACUUAUCUAUUAUUUGAACAAAGACUCUGAAAGUCCCUACCAUAUUUUGGAUACUAGGACAAGACACCAGCAAAAACACAAUAAGGCUGUGCAUCUAGCUCAGGCAAGUUUCCAGAUUGAAGCCUUUGGUUCUACAUUUAUUCUUGACCUCUCACUGAACAAUGAUUUAUUAUCCUCUGAUUAUGUGGAAAUUCAUUAUGAAGAUGACAAACCACAAUAUUCAAAGGGAGGAGAACACUGCUAUUAUCAUGGGAGUGUCAGAGGCAUCUCAAAAUCCAAAGCCGCUAUUUCUACCUGUAAUGGACUUCAUGGUAUGUUUGAAGACAAUACUUACGUAUACCUGAUAGAACCUUUGGAGUUAACUCACAGCACGAGCAAUACAGGUAGACCACAUGUCAUUCGGAGAACAUUUGGAACCAAUACCGUCAGUCAGUUGGAAGAUCUUGAUACCGAUGCCACAUCUGAAUGGACCUUUCUGUCUGAGUUGCAGUGGCUAAGAAGGAGAAGAAGGGCUGCGUUGCGUGGCAUCUUUGAAGAAAUGAAAUACCUGGAGCUCAUGAUUGUUAAUGACCAUAAAAUGUUCAAAAAACAUCGCUCAUCCUAUAGUAAUACGAAUAACUUUGCGAAAUCUGUGGUAAAUCUUGUGGAUGCUAUUUACAAGGAGCAACUAAACACCAGAGUUGUUCUAGUUGCUGUUGAAACGUGGACAGACAGAGAUCGUAUCAAUGUUCACUCGGACCCAAGGCAGAUGCUUCGUGAUUUUUCCCGAUAUCGACAGGAUUCCAUCAAGCAACGUGCUGAUGCCGUGCAUCUCCUCUCGAAUGUGACAUUUCAUUAUAAAAGAAGUAGCCUGAGCUAUUUUGGAGGAAUUUGUUCGGUGGCUAGAGGUGUUGGAGUAAAUGAGUAUGGGCUUUCCUGGGCAAUAGCACAAGAACUGUCCCAAAGUUUGGCUCAGAAUCUAGGAAUACAGUGGGAGCCAGCAUCCAGAAAACCGAAAGGAUGUGACUGUACAGAAUCCUGGGGUGGAUGCAUCAUGGAGGAAACAGGUGUCUACCACCCCAGAAAAUUCUCAAGGUGCAGCAUUGCGGAAUACCGAGAUUUUUUACUCCGAGGGGGAGGUUCUUGUCUUUUCAACAGACCUACAAAGUUGUUUGAUGCCACUGAAUGUGGAAAUGGAUAUGUGGAACCAGGUGAAGACUGUGACUGUGGUGUCCAAACGGAUUGCCAUGCAGAAUGCUGUAAAAAAUGUUCCCUUUCUAAUGGAGCUCAUUGCAGUGAUGGUCCAUGUUGUAAUGAAACCUGCCUUUUUUUUCCACGAGGCUUUGAAUGUCGCUAUGCAGUUAAUGAGUGUGAUAUUACAGAAAUCUGUACUGGUGACUCUGGCCAGUGCCCACCAAAUCUUCAUAAACAAGAUGGAUUUGCUUGUGAUUCAAAUCAGGGACGUUGCUACAAUGGAGAGUGUAAGACGAGGGAUAAUCAGUGCAGAUACAUCUGGGGGAAUAAGGCUUCGGGGUCUCAUAAACACUGUUAUGAGAAGCUUAACACAGAAGGUACACAGAAGGGAAACUGUGGAAAAGAUGGAGACAAAUGGAUUUCUUGCCACAAACAUGAUGUGUUCUGUGGAUUAUUGCUUUGUGCAAAUCUUGAUGGGGUUCCACGAAUCGGUCACCUUCAAGGAGAAAUUAUUCCAACUUCUUUUUUUCACCAAGGUGUUGUAGUGAACUGCAGUUGUGCACAUGUACUUUUAGAUGAUGAAACAGAUUUAGGAUAUGUAGAAGAUGGGACUCCAUGUGGUCCUAAUAUGAUGUGUAUGGACCGAAGAUGCCUAUCUAUUCAGUCUUUGAACAUAAGCAGCUGUCCUAUUGAUGCUAAUGGAAAAGUUUGUUCGGGGCAUGGGGUGUGCAGUAAUGAAGCCACCUGCAUUUGUAACACUACUUGGGCAGGUACAGAUUGUAGCAUGUUUGAUCCUAGGAGGAAAGAUGACUCCGAGAAACCAAGUGGACCAAAGGGUCCUAGUGCCACCAAUCUUAUAAUAGGUUCCAUCGCUGGUGCCAUCCUGGUAGCAGCUAUUGUCCUUGGGGGGACAGGAUGGGGCUUUAAAAAUGUAAAAAAGAGAAGGUAUGAUCCAAGUCAACAAGGCAUCUAAGGAAUUCCCCAGAAGGAUGUUGCUGUGCUUGGUGGGACCCUGGCUGUGGAGGCUCUUUGAAGUAGCUGCCUCUCCCCGCAGAAGCAUACCACUCAUUGACUCCAAGUUGCAAGCUGAGGCAUUGAUGAAAGGGCUGAAGGAAAACUGUCCUUUUCUGGAGAUUUAAAUUCAAGGACUUCCUCCACUCAUUUCUCUCUCUUUUUGGGGAUGUUAGGGACAAGACAAACAUUGGGAAGGAACUAUUUCGCCUGUUUUUUGUUUUAAACAAGAAUGGAGCAAACAAACCAACUGCAAUAAGAGAACUGUUUCAAAAUAUUCAAAUAGGUAAACAUUUCUUAAUCACUUGAGUUCGCAUGAUGUUUUAAUAUUAAUGGCAGACUCCAGUGGCAUGAUAAUUUCUGAAAUGGUGAACUGCAUGGCAUAAAUACAGCAAAUGAGCUAGCAAGAAGGUCCCAAAUAAAGUCUACUUUCCAAGAACUUGAUAAAAACAAAACACAGAAAAGUGGAUUCUAGGUUUUACCUAUGAAACAUAUGAUAAUUUCUAAAUCCUACCUAAUAUAGUAUUCCUCUUUAUUUUUGUUUUGCUUUGGGGCAAACCUCUUUGAGGAAUGGCAGGUCAUACCACAUUGAUAUAUCUUUUUUAAAAAGGUUUUGGGGAAAGUCAUAAUCACACUCUGUUAUUACGCAUUUUUAAAACAUUUUAUUCCAUAUGUGAUCUUAAGCUGUACGCCUUCUUAAAAUGUUGCUCCUAUUUAAUUUUUUGGCGGCACGUUAUAUUUUAGAGGUUUGGGGCUUGCUCUAAAAAGGCGUAGUGCAGGGAAAUCCGACAAAUAAGAGGUGUGCUUUUUAAAUGUUUAUGCUUGAAACCAAAAAAAAAUGGUCCAUCCAAAACCAAUAUGUGUAAAUGCAUAGGUAUACAAUGAUCUUUCCUCUUCAAAUGCAUUACUUGCAGUCAUGCAGAUACUUUGUAUAUAUUGUAAGAAGCUGACACCCUCUCAAAUUAAUCACAGAAGUGCCAAGCUUAUACCUUUUUCAUUUUGCUGUUGUGUUUUCCUUUCUCAGUCUCAUAUUGUAUGAAAGGAAAGAAGCCUAAAUAAGCCUUAAGUACUUGUAAAAUACUGAGAGCUUUUAACAGGUUAAGGCUUUCCUGUGUAUUGUUUUAUAAAGCCCGGUCUCACCUCACCUCACCUUACCUUUAGGACCCCUUUCAGUUUUUAAAAGUGUAUAAACAUGAUCCAGAUAUCUAUGUCUUUCUGAGUUUAUUUCUGUAGUAGUUACUUUUCAAAGCCCAGCUUUGAACAUUUCUUCCUACUAGGCUACACGUGGUUACUGUCAUGGAGGUUUGGAUUAGAAAAACUGACGAGAAUGUUGCUAUGUAUAUAUCCAGAUAGCAUUGAAUCAUGCUUAAACAGGAAAGUGGCAUUCCUUAAACAUUAAUUUAGCCUCUUCCCUUUUCCCCCCAAGCAUCAGAGCUCUGCCAUAAUCAGGCCUUCUCAGCACUUCUCUAAUUGGUAAAUGUGAAGAGCAGUAAUGGCAAAUUCCACUAACUACCAAAGCGUAUUGAAAAUAAGGCUUGCUUGUAUGGGCGCACCUCUGCUGGCCAACCACACAUUAAGGUUAUGCCAUCCACAAGCCAGCAUCCCACUCUGUUUUUGCUAGUGGUAGUGGUGGUGGUGAUGCUGCUGCUGUUGCUGCAGUUGUGCUCAUGGGUUUUCCACGCCUUUUUUUAAAAUGGGAAAUGUAAGAAAUAAGGAGCAUAAACUGUCGUACGAUACCUAAAUAAGAAAAAUAGCCUUCCUGAAACUCCAGCUCCCAUUACUAAUGUGACUUAUUGUGCUUAUAGUGCAGCCGCUAGCCACAAAAAUGUUGUGCACUUCUCAUUUAGCAGGUUGCUAUUUUUACAUAAUCACCGCAGUGUAUUGAAGUUACUCUUCUACAGUGAAUGAGGAAGCAAUGGGAAGUCUGGAACUCAGUUACUGCUACUUCAGGUUAAUACUCUACAAAGGCAGCAAUGAAUUUUAACUUGCCUUCUUGACCUGAAAGACAAAUUGGAAUAGAUUCUAUAUGUGAAGUGCUCCUUUUCAGGUCUUCUCUUUUGCAAUAUGAAAUGGCCCAGUAGAAUAUUUUAUGUAGUGCCACUUUGCUUUUAAGUAUAUUGGAAAUCAAAAUAUCUAAAUAGGUGCUAAGUUUGGGUUCUGUUUUGGCAGCAGUGGUAACCACAGUAGACAGUGCCAUUCAGUGUGGUUACAAAGGUCAGAUUGUUGUAUUAAGUAAAAUCUUUAUGUAAUUCACAAAACAUUGUAAUGUGCGAUGUGAUUUUUUUUUUAAAUCAGACCACACUGGUCCCCAAUUAUGUACAUAUGAUAAAGAGUUGGGGUAACUUUUUGUUACGCUAACAGUUUCAUAAGAAAUAUAAUUUCUUUUCUAAAUUUCUCCUCUGCUCUUUGGUUCUGUAUAGAUAUGUUUAAAUACACAGACUAUGUAUAGACUAUAAAUGACCACACAACCACAUAGCUCACAGAAAUGGAUUAUUAUGUUUUCGGUGGUCCUAGCAUUACAUUAUCAAACCUGCUAAAGUCUAUACUUAUUUUAUAAGCAUUCAUUUACAAUAUUUUGUAGAAAACAUAAGCAACUUACUUUUUUUAAAAAACACAGUCGCAUUAUAAUGGUGUUCAACACAGUAAAAAAGUUCAUUUCAGUUGCUAUAUUUUUGUUCCGUUGAUAGGAUUCAACUCGACAGGAAAAUGUAUGGAAAUUUUAUAUCGCUUAUGUUGAUAUGCUGCAUGAUCCCACUGAAUUCAACAAAUUCUCAGAGAGGAAAGCUCCACUACGCAAAUUAACAAAAAUAUAUUCUAGGUGCAUGUUAAAAUAAAUUACAUAGAACUGGGGUUGUACAACAUUUUCUUUACUAUGCAAUGAUAGGUAUUGCACAAACUUAAAAUUCAAAGACAAAUGUCUGAGGAACUUUACAAAAUACUUGAAUUAUUUUUGAUCUAAAAAGCUAUCAGUCAUUUUAUAUUCAUCGUUGCUUUCAUUAUUAAUAUCCACCUAAAAUAGUAAUUAUUUUUAAGGUGCACAAUUUAACAUAAACUUACUUUGUCUGAAGCUAUUCAUAUCUUGUUGGCUGCAGAUGAUUAGGAAUUCAGUUAUUGUUUUGCAUCUUAGUAAAUUAGAAUUAAAGACAUCAUAAACAUGGAAA